GUCAGGACUCCCAAAGGGACAUGAGCCUGUUCCCAUGGAUAACAAAUGUUCAUUGUCACACAAACACAGCUCUCUCAAAACUACCCAUGGACUCGCUCAUGCUCAGAGCUGUGAAGAACACUUGUCCUGGAGAGACUCUGGGAUUUAGACUGAGUAUUUUUCCCAACACGCACCACAUGAAUCCUACCUGGGGCUAAAUGAGAGCGCAACACUGAACCACAGGCUACAGACGCGAAGCGAAUUUCUCAGUGCGAUGGACAAGCCUUAUGGCACAGAGUUCAAGUUCAGGCUGGAGGUGGGAUCAACCCGUCCUUCUCCCAGCGCCCUGACCAGAGGACAGUGGUCGAGCAAAAUGGAGUUCCUCUUGGCUGUGGCGGGACAAAUCAUUGGCCUCGGAAAUGUGUGGAGGUUUCCUUAUCUGUGCUACAAAAACGGAGGAGGUGUGUUCUUCAUCCCUUAUGUCCUCUUCCUGUUUGCCUGUGGCAUUCCCCUGUUCCUCCUGGAGACGUCUCUUGGCCAGUACACCCAACAGGGAAGUAUUACCUGCUGGAGGAAAAUUUGCCCACUUUUUGAAGGGAUGGGCUAUGGCAGUCAGGUGGUUGUUUUAUACUCCAGCAUCUAUUACAUCAUCAUAUUGGCCUGGGCUUUCCUGUAUCUCUUCUGCUCAUUCAACUCUGAACUUCCCUGGGCGAGUUGCAGAAACAGCUGGAAUACAGAGAACUGCGUGGAGUUUGAUCAAAAGGCUGCUUAUUUGAACUGGACUGUAGCUGAAAAUGCAACAUCACCAGUCAGAGAGUUUUGGGAGAGAAGAGUUCUGAAUGUCACAGGAAGUGUACACGAGUUAGGAGGCAUACGAUGGGAGCUGGCUCUGUGUCUUCUGUUGUCCUGGAUCAUCUGUUACUUUUGUGUCUGGAAAGGAGUGAAGUCCACCGGAAAGGUAGUUUACUUUACUGCCACGUUUCCAUACGUGAUGCUGGCAGUGUUGCUUGUUCGUGGACUCACGUUGCCGGGGGCUUUAGAUGGGAUCAAGUUCUACCUCUACCCAGAUCCAUCCCGCCUCACUGAUCCGCAGGUGUGGAUGGAUGCUGGCACCCAAAUAUUUUAUUCCUACGCUAUUUGCAUUGGGUGUCUAACUGCACUUGGCAGUUAUAACAAGUACAACAAUAAUUGCUACAAGGACUGUGUGUACUUGUGCCUGCUGAACAGUGGGACCAGUUUUGUAGCUGGCUUUGCCAUCUUCUCUGCACUUGGAUUUAUGGCAUACGAGCAGCACACAGACAUAUCGAAAGUGGCAGAGUCAGGUCCUGGCUUGGCGUUCAUUGCCUACCCUCGAGCGGUCGCCAUGAUGCCUUUCCCUCAGGUCUGGGCGAUAUUCUUUUUCGUUAUGAUCAUCCUACUGGGACUGGAUAGUGAGUUCGUAGGUCUGGAAGCUCUCGUAACAGCGAUUUCUGACAUGAAUCCUUCCUUUUUCCAUGUUGGCCAUCGUCGUAAACUUCUUCUACUUGCCAUCAGUGUUUUUAGCUUCUUCAUUGGCCUUGUGAUGGUUACAGAAGGUGGAUUGUACAUCUUCCAGCUGUUUGACUACUAUGCCUGCAGUGGGAUGACUCUACUUCUCUUUGCCAUUCUGCAGUCGUGUUGUGUUGGAUGGAUAUACGGUGCAGACCGGUUUUAUGAGAACAUAGAGGAUAUGAUUGGAUACAAGCCUUUACCGCUGAUUAAGUACUGUUUGAAAUAUGUCACGCCAGUAAUAUGCCUGGCAACAUUUAUUUUCUCCUUGGUCAAAUACACUCCUCUGAAGUUCAACAACACAACUGAGUAUCCAUGGUGGGGUUACGCUCUCGGCUGGUGGUUCACUCUCUCCUCCACACUCAUUGUUCCUCUGUUUAUGUUGUACAAUGUGUGCACCACUCCCGGUACACUGCGACAGAGGAUCUCCAUCUUAUGUACUCCAUCUAAGGACCUGAACAGAUCGGAGAAGAAAACGCUUGAAAUGCUUGACUUCACCUCAUGUCCCGACAGCGUGGCGUCAUAGUGACAACAACCAAACUUCACAUUUACUGACACUGAGAAGCAUGAGGAGAGCCCUCGACACAAUGGUCCUACUCCUUUUAAAGCAGUGGUUCCCAGUCUUCCAGAUGUUUGACCUCUUAAAACAAAGCAGCUUGAAAAUGAUCACAUAACUCAUAAAAGUGCAACAUUUAAUGGAAAGUCUGGCGAAAAAAAUAAUUUUGUGCAGCAGAAAUGCCUUUUUCCCUGCUUUCCUGUCUUGUUAAUGAUAAUCUAGCUACCCCUCAGCCUGCAGCGCCUCGAGGGGGUCCUGACCUCCUGGUUGGGAAUCACUGCACUGAAGGAAUGGCUUCGAAUUCAUUAUGAUCAGAGCUUGAAUGCCAACGUAACAGAAAUAUUUUAAAGAAUAUGAUGAGGAGAAUCUACACUCAAAGGUCCAUUUACUUUACAGGGAACAUUUGUUUUCCCCUUAAUUUCUAAACCCCGCCACAUUUUAUGUUUGUCACUGACCAGCUGUCUUAGAUGUGGUGACCAGUAACCAGUGAGCGGGGCUGCAACUAAUAAUUACAUUCAUGAUCAAUUCAUUUAUUGAUGUUUAGUCAAUGUUUAGUCAUUUGUUUUUUAAAUGUCACAAAAAUAGUGACAAAUGCACAUCACAAAUUCCCAGAGAGAUGAACUGAUGUCUUUCAGUGUUGGGGAGGAGCUUGUUACAAGUAAUAGUGUUAUGUAUUAAAUUAUAAAAUACAUGCGAGUGUAUCCCAUAACAGUUGCCGUGAAAAAAAAAAAAAGUUACAAGAAUAAAACAGGUCAAACAGGUCAAGAUAGAGGCUGAUAUGGCCUCUUCCUGACAACCUCCAUCUGGCUAACUUAACAUGCAUUGUUUUAUACAACAUACAAUAUAUGUAGUAGGAGGUCACUGCUCAAUCUCCAAAGACCCCUGAUCCAGUGAAUACUAAAAAAUACACAUACCGUAAAACUUCAAAUGAAAGCCUAGUCCCAAUUUAACACCCAGUCCCUUUUACAAGCCCAGCGUGGAGACACUUUUUGACAAAUAAAGGCCUGCCUCAAUUACAGGCCCUGUCUGAUCAGUAUGCAGUUCAUUUUUAUAGAAGAUCUUUGGAUGAAUAAAAACCAGCUUGUUGGCUACCUGCUGGAGAUAAUGCUAGUUAGCUGCUUAGAUCACGCAUACAAAUAUGUAUAUAUGUUUAAACUGUAGUCAAUUUGGACACACAAUGUAAGCUUGGCAAGAUUCUCCACAAUUCAGUCAUUCGGUUAAUUUUACUGACGCCAUGAGCACCAAGGGAGACGGUAAUACCAACAUAUUAAACAAGAGAGAAAUUAGUAGAUGUAGAAGAUUUUUUUUUAAAGCCAGAGAAAAAUGUCCAGUG